AAGCGAGGAGGAGCAGCAGCCCGAGCCGCAUGUGUCACUUCCAGUAUGCUGCUAAACCGAGCUGCUAUGUGACUCUUUGGGAACAUUUAGCUGCUUUAGCCGUCGGUGGGAAGAAAGGUUAGAAAGUUUGGAGCUACAAACCGGUGUUUUGGGGGGGCGCGGGGCGCAUAGGGAAGUGGUUUCGGAAGUGGAGCGUGGCAGAGAAGGUUUGAGGGGGGGGGCUUUACUUUACUGUGUGAUACCAGAUAGCUCGUUUUUGCUUGCCACGACGGGACUGACGUAGAAUAUGGCGGAGCAUCACCCGGUUCCCGACAAACACAAAUCCUCACUCAACUCCGGAGCGUCGUAUUCGGGGAACGGGAGGAGCAGCACGGCGGUGGCAGAGAGAGGUAGCACCGCCGGCGUAGGAGGUGGAGUAGGAGGAGGAGGAGGAGGUGGUCUGUCCGGCGGCCUGUCGCAGCCGGCCGGAUGGCAGUCCCUGCUGUCUUUCACCAUCCUGUUCCUGGCCUGGCUGGCCGGUUUCAGCUCCAGGCUCUUCGCUGUCAUUCGCUUCGAGAGCAUCAUCCACGAGUUUGACCCCUGGUUCAACUACAGGUCGACUCACCACCUCACCACCAAUGGCUUCUAUGAGUUCCUCAACUGGUUUGACGAAAGGGCCUGGUACCCUCUGGGUAGGAUAGUAGGGGGCACUGUGUACCCAGGUUUAAUGGUGACAGCGGGCCUCAUCCACUAUGUGCUCAACCUGCUGAACAUCACCGUCCACAUCCGGGACGUGUGCGUGUUCCUGGCGCCGGUGUUCAGCGGCCUGACCUCCAUCUCCACCUUUCUGCUGACGAGAGAGCUGUGGAACCAGGGGGCGGGACUGCUGGCGGCCUGCUUCAUCGCCAUCGUCCCAGGCUACAUCUCCCGCUCUGUGGCAGGCUCCUUCGACAAUGAAGGCAUCGCCAUCUUUGCAUUGCAGUUCACCUAUUAUCUAUGGGUGAAAUCAGUAAAGACGGGGUCGGUGUUCUGGGCCAUCGGAUGCUGCCUCUCCUAUUUCUACAUGGUUUCAGCUUGGGGCGGUUACGUCUUCAUCAUCAACCUCAUCCCUCUUCACGUGUUCGCCCUGUUGCUCAUGCAGCGCUUCAGCAGGAGAGUCUACAUAGCCUACAGCACCUUCUACAUCAUCGGUCUGGUCCUGUCCAUGCAGAUCCCCUUCGUGGGCUUUCAGCCAAUCAGGACCAGUGAACACAUGGCUGCAGCAGGUGUGUUUGUGCUGCUUCAGGUCUACGCCUUCCUGCAGUACCUGAAGGACAGACUGACCAGGCAGGAGUUCCAGACUCUGUUCUUCCUGGGAGUCUCUCUGGCUGCUGGAGUUGUUUUUCUCUCCGUUAUCUAUCUCACGUACACAGGGUACAUCGCUCCAUGGAGUGGGCGCUUCUACUCCCUCUGGGACACUGGCUACGCUAAGAUCCACAUCCCCAUUAUAGCAUCGGUGUCUGAGCACCAGCCCACCACCUGGGUGUCCUUCUUCUUUGAUCUUCACAUCCUGGUCUGCACCUUCCCAGCAGGCCUCUGGUUCUGCAUAAAGAACAUCAAUGAUGAGCGUGUCUUUGUGGCUCUGUAUGCCAUCAGCGCUGUGUAUUUUGCCGGCGUGAUGGUGCGUUUGAUGUUGACUCUGACUCCGGUGGUGUGCAUGCUGUCGGCCGUGGCGUUCUCAAGCGUCUUUGAACACUACCUGGGUGAUGACAUGAAGAGGCAGAGUCCGCCCGCAGAGGACAGCAGUGACGAGGACGACAGGAAGAACGCCGGCAACCUCUACGAUAAGGCCGGCAAGGUGCGUAAACAUGUGUCAGAACAGGAGAAGGCAGAGGAGGGCCUGGGCCCCAACAUCAAGUCUAUCGUCACCAUGCUGAUGUUGAUGUUACUCAUGAUGUUUGCUGUGCACUGCACCUGGGUCACCAGCAACGCCUACUCCAGCCCCAGUGUGGUGCUAGCAUCGUACAACCAUGACGGCUCCCGGAACAUUCUGGAUGACUUCAGAGAGGCCUACUAUUGGCUGAGGCAGAACACAGACGAGCACGCCAGAGUGAUGUCAUGGUGGGACUACGGCUACCAGAUAGCAGGCAUGGCUAACAGGACAACGCUGGUGGACAACAACACGUGGAACAACAGUCAUAUAGCACUGGUGGGUAAAGCCAUGUCAUCUAACGAGACGGCAGCCUAUGAGAUCAUGAGGUCGCUGGAUGUCGAUUACGUCCUGAUCAUCUUCGGCGGGGUGAUUGGCUACUCAGGAGAUGACAUCAACAAGUUCCUCUGGAUGGUGCGCAUUGCAGAGGGAGAGCACCCCAGAGACAUCAGGGAAAGUGACUACUUCACCCCACAGGGAGAGUUCAGAGUGGAUAAAGAUGGCUCCCCCACCCUCCUCAACUGCCUUAUGUACAAAAUGUCUUACUACCGCUUUGGAGAGAUGCAGUUGGACUUCCGGACGCCGCCAGGCUUCGACCGGACGCGUAACGCUGAGAUCGGUAACAAGGACAUAAAGCUGAAGCACCUGGAGGAAGCGUUCACCUCAGAGCACUGGCUGGUCAGGAUUUAUAAGGUGAAAAAGCUGGAGAACAGGGACCGCGUGGAGCAUAAGCUGCGAAGCUCCGACACCGCCAAGCAGAAGUACACGUCCAAAAAGACUGCCAAGAGGAAGCGUGGAUACAUCAAGAACAAGCUUUCCCUCAAGAAGGGCAAGAAACUGACCAAGAAAUCUUUAUAGAGCGUCCACCACCGACAGAGGCACACUGGAGAACAACAGAAGAGAAAGAGAGAGAAAGAAAGAGAGAGAGGGUGGGAGGGAGGGAGGAAUAAAUCUUACGUUAAAAAAAACAAAAAGAAAAAAAAAACAAUCAGUAAAAAAAAUCCACCAAUUAAGACGAAUAAGGAAGAAGCAGAGGUUCUCCAGCCUCCCCUCACCCCCCCACCCCUCCCCUCCCACUCCCACCCUCCGUCACGUCAUCCCCGUGCGUCCUCACCUGGAGGGUCCAGGCUUGGAAACGUUACAUCAUCACAAAGCGGAGAUCACGUCGACCUGAUUUAAAAAAACGCAGAGGGGUCAAAGGAGGCGAAGAACGGGAGACGCCAGCUAGUCCCAGCCCCACCCCUAACCCCCAAAUUCCCCAACCCCCCCCAACGCUGGUUUUAACCUGAGGAACUGUGACCUUUAACUCACAUUUCUUUUUCUUUUCUUCUUCUUCUUUUUUUUUUUGUACUUGAAUGUGCCGGUGAGUGAUAGGAGAGGCAGAGAGAGCAAAGAGAUGAGUUGUCUUGUAGUUGUAAGGACUGCUCUAUGCAUUACAUCAUUUCUUCUCCACACACCCUCUCACAAUGAAAACAGGUAAAGCAUGACUUCAGGAUGAUUGUUAAUGGUGUUCCUUCCUUGUUGGAGUUCAUUCAAUUCAAAUUCUCACUCCUGAUACAUGAUGAGAAUAUUCCAAAACAUUGCAAAACCUGAUUUACUCUGAUCAGUGUUAACACAUGCUGGUUUUAACUGUGUUUCAUCAAUACACACACACACACACACACACUCACACACACGUGCCAACAAGGAGAAGCCAUCGCUCUUCAUCAAGCCUCAUUCUGCUGCACUGACAGGACAUUUUUAAUGAUAGAACCAGACAUGUACAGACGACUUAAAGAAGCAUUCUUGUUUAUUACAACUUAUUUUUCAAGUUCAUUUGUGAUAUCUAACAACAGCAUCAUCUCUGGAAGGAAGUCAUGUGGUAAAGAAACCCGAGCAGGCGGCUUUUAAACAAACCUCCAAGAGAGAAAGAGAAAAAAAAAUAAUUUCCUUUUUAAUUAUAGCCUUCAAAAUAAAGUUAGCGUGAAUCUGGUUAAAUCCUCAGUUUGUUUACAACCCCAACUGAUGUAAAGCUACACAAUAAGAGCUGAGAAUGAUCCGUCCAUCAGUGUCCAGCUGCAGUGGGUUUAAAUAUCAACAUAUCUUUUUAAAUCCAAGACCAAGAACCCAAGUCUCCUCUUUCUUCUUCUUCUUUUUUUUGGUUGUUAAUGAUUAGUGAAGAGCAGCAUUGUGCAGGCAGGUCUCUGAGCUUUAGGGAGUCAGUGAAUUUGUGUUCUCAGUGUAGUUUUUAAUGAUCACUCUGCUGCACGCUGCAGGUUCAAACUCCACUGAAUGUAAAAUGGACUGAUUUAAGACGGAGCGCCGUCGGAUGUGAAGCGGGGCCUCGGAACUCUCCGGCUCUCGUCUGCUAGUCGCUAACAGAGGACAUCUGUCUCGUCCUGCCGGGGUGAUUAUUAAAGACACAUUUGAAGUGUAGCUGCUCAUUAGCUUUAAAAAUUAAAAACGCUUUCAGCUGUUAGCGCCGAGGGUGCCGAGCCUUUUUCUUUCUUUCUUUUUUUUCCCCCUUCCUAAAACUCUUCCAAUUGGAAAAACCGAUGAAAAUGGGAAGCAGCGCCUACUUUUGAACACACAGCUGUAGUGUUCUGUAGUGUUCCUACACACAAAGUCUGUCACGCAUCCACCAGCUUCUUUUCGAGUCAAAUGUGAAGACCCCCACCCCACCUACCCCACCCUCUCUCUCUUUGAUCUCCUGUCAAACGUUCCACUGCGCUCUGUAGAUAGCAGACUUGCUUCUCCCCUCACAGGUACAGUAACAGGAUCAAACGCUCUGCUCCCACUGCUUUAUUCCCUCGUGAAUUUAGAAAAAUAUGAAGUCUUCUUGAGCUGCCAGCAGGAGCAGGAGGAGGUGGCUCUCCACCAGAGGGGCCGGGGGGGUGGGGGGCCUUUCAUAGGGUUAAAACAUUACACUCAAAUCACUGUUUGUCAGAUGUUUUACCUCCAGUGGUUUUCCUCCAAUUGGCUAAAUUCCCACUUUGUUCCGGUUGUAGCUCCGUCACACAAACCAGUGGCUUAAACAUGAGGAUUUCUUCCUACAUAUGUGAUAUAAUAUGGUUUGAAAGUGUAAUGCCCCCCCCCUACUGUAAAUCCUCCCCUUUAUAAUUUAAUCCGCCUUAUUCUCAUUUCUUGAAGAUAGUCCAAGAAACAUAAUCCACGCUGCGCAAGCUCCACUUUGAUUCUGUUGUGAGCUUGUUUGUUUUUGUGAGAAGAGCAGCGACGUGGUAGAACCCAGGAGGAGAACCAAGAAGAUAGAAGAUAGCAUCGGCCUUAAAGAGGGAGAGAAAAAAAAUGAAAUCAUAUCCAGAGCUCAGCUUAGAGACAGUCAUUGAGUGUAUUUAUUUACAUGGACGAUGAAGGCUGCGCUGGUGAACUAAAAAAAAAAAGAAAAAAAGCGAGUGUAGCGUCCUAUCACGACAUGCAAGGAUUUUAUGUUGUUUUUUUUUGAUUUUCUAAGUCAAGGUUUCUUCCAUCGAAUUGUAAUGAUCUGGAUGCAGGUGUGAGAAUGAAACAUGCCUUUUUGAAUAAAGAGGUUGAAAUAAUAA